AUGAAAUCACAAAAAGGCAGCACAAAGACCAAAAGUUCUAGGAAAAAUCUACCACAAGAUGGUUAUAGAAUGCAAAAGAACACAAGAAUGGGUGGGAGAAAUUUGAUAACUCUCUGUGACAGUAAUUUUAGCUUAUUGUAUGGAAAGCCUUUCAAUAUGAGCAAAAAUUGGUUUUGUAACAGAGGUCUAUCACCUAUCACACAGCAUCCAAGAGAUGAAGAAAAAGAUAAGACUUCUGAAACAGUGAUUACUGAUUCACGUAAGGUGUCAUCUGUGGUUAAACAAAACGCGACCACAGUGACUGCAACUCGGUAA